AACCAAGAGCCCCGCUGUGCAACCUCUCCCUGGACAACUUCUACGGGGUGAUUUUUUCACCGGCGUGGCCCCCGGACGCGCACCCGGGGGCCGCCCACUGCCAGUGGGCCCUGGAUGCCCACGACAGCCGCCCGCUGAGCAUCCGCUUUACCGCCAUCGACCUGGACGUCCGGGACUCUCUGCUGGUGUACGAGGGGGCGCCCGGCAGCACGCCCCGCCCUCGCUUGCUGCGCAACUUGGACUACACCAGCAACGGCAAGGUUGUUUCCGUCGACUCCCCGUCCAGCCGUGCGUGGGUCCUGUACCAGGCUGUCCCGGGAACGACACGCCUGGGGUUCAAUGCCACUUACCACGUGCAGGGCUACUGUGUCCCGUGGGAUUUUCCAUGUGGCGGCGGAGACGGCGAAGGGGCCAGCUGCUACAGCGCCGCCGAGCACUGCGACGGCAUCUGGGACUGCGCCAACGGCGCCGACGAGGACGGCUGCGGCGGCUGUCCACACGGGCAUUUCCCUUGUGGCGGGGGAGGCUCCAGCGGGGCCGCCUGCUACGGGCCGGCCGACCGCUGCAAUUACCAGACCUUGUGUGCGGAUGCCGCCGACGAGCGGCACUGCUACACGUGCCAGCCAGGCAAUUUCAGGUGUCGGGACGGGCGCUGCAUCUACGAGAGCUGGGUGUGCGACGGGCAGGCGGACUGCACCGACGGCUCCGACGAGGCGGACUGCUCCUACGUCCUCCCGCGCAAAGUGGUGACGGCGGCGGUCAUCGGCAGCCUGGUCUGCGGCCUCCUCCUGGUGAUCGCGCUGGGCUGCACUUGCCGCCUCUACGCCCUCCGCAGCCACGAGUUUGGGGUCGUAGCCCCCAUGUCACGGAUGGAGGCCCAGAUGGUCCAGCGGCAAGCUCCCCCUUCCUACGGGCAACUCAUCGCUCGUGGCGUCAUCCCCCCCGUCGAUGGCUUCCCUACCGAGCACCCCAGUCAGAACUCGGUGCUGGGGAAUCUGCGGUCUCUGUUGCAUCUGUUGCGCCGUGACCCAGCCGCCGCCACUGCCCCCAACGGGGGUCGCCACCCACACCGCAGCCGCUUCCUGCGCCGCCUCGUGAGGCGCAUGCGUCGGUGGGGACUCCUCCCUAGGCCCCCUCCAUCUUCCUCUGCCACGACAACCGUAACCGGUGGCGCCGCCUCUUCUCCCCAGUCUGCUCCUGACACCCAGCCCGAGCUGCUUUCGGGGGAAGAAAAUACGACUUCCGUCCAACACGAAGAGCAGGCCCCGCCUCUUCCUCAGAAAGUCCCGCCUACUCCCGAGCCUUUGCUGGAGCCCCAGGCCCCUCGCCCCCCUCCCACUCCGUGUCUCUCAGGAAUGAUGCAAACUCUCCGUGUCCGGCUCUUUCCCCCUGCACCUCCAUGCUCUGUAGAGGCCGGCGACACCCUCAGCGUGCCCCCGUCCCCCGAGGAUGAAGACGACGUGUUGCUGGUCCCUCUCACCGACCCUCGGCUCCAGAACACAGAUGCAUCGUGGGACGAUGAGCCCCUUCUGACCUGACAACCCCACUGAUUCCCUCUCGUGGCCGAGGUGACCCCCCUCUAUCUCUGUCUAACACUGGACAUUCCCUUUAAGAGGUUCACAGCCAAGUAAUAGUGAAUGAAGUAGGAAAGAAAUAAUUGACUGGCAGUUAAAAAAAAGUAAAUGUUCUUCAAGGUUCUGUUUCUGCUCUUGGCACUGGACCAAGAGCGUAGAUUACUGGUGCCACUGUGACAGUUCAAUCUUCUGAUUUAUUGGAGGAUGCAAAACUUCAGUGUAGCUGAAUAUCCAUGUGCCAGUUAAAUAACAUUUCUUAAAGGGGAUGCGGGUCACCUGGGAUUAGGUUUUUUGGUGACAAGCCAUGAGAAAGAUGUUCUGGUCCAGCCAGUCAUCUUGACGUUCUUUCCUCUUUUUUCAGACCCACAAGCGACAGGCCGCGGGUUCAGCUGGCACUGAAAUAUGGCUUUUUCUGGAGAACAGGAGAAGUACAUGCACUUGACAUUUUAAAAAAUGUUCUUAGAAAGUGAGGAGGUGGGGAUGGAAAAUAAAUAUGUUCUCGCAGGGAGACACGACCGUAUUCCUCUGCCUAUAAGGAGAAGGAAGCAGAGAGAUUUGUUUAGCAAUCAAUAGUGGCUCUAAAAGUCAGUGACUGUACGGGCUGAGCCCCGAACGUUGUUUUGUAAUGAUGCAGUACAGGAAAGCAAAAACGUACUCCAGCAAGAAAAAUGAUUUUUUUAACGAAGUUGCGGGAAGACUUCUAAGAAGGCAACGAGGCUAAAAAAAACAAAUGUUUAAAGUCGGUGACUCCCUUGGAAGUCUUGUUUUCCCCCCCGCAGCGGUCAGAAAAUAGUUUUAAGACAGAGAGCAAAGACGGAAGCUAUUUUGAUCUUCUAUUGAUGUUUUGUAAGUAAAUUAUUUUUUAAAACACAGGAAGUGAGAGAAGCUACAUUUUUUGCACAAGACCUUGUCGUGCCCAAUCAGAUGUAAAUAAGGGGAAUUUUGUAUGAAGAAUUAAAAGCAAUUUAGUAGUAAUCGCCACCGAUUGUUUCCGUUACAAUGACAGAAAGAAGGAAAAACAAAUAUGCACAAUAAACUUGAUCGAGCUUAAAAUAUUUAUAUGAUUUUGAAAGGCGAGGAAUUAUCUCUGCUUUAAAAUGACAUGUUAAAAGAUUAUUUCUAAAACCGGGUGAGUUUAAGGCUUCAUUGAUGGCGGUGUGCGAAGAAGACUGUUUUUAUAAAUGUUAUUUUAGAAUCUUCAUUGUGUUUGAUUAAAAACUGACAAAGGAUGACGGAUAUACAUUAAGCUUAUUUCUUAGCCAGGUGUUCAAAAUGGUAAACAUAAAAUCUGUGUUGAAUCUCAGCCCAAACAGGUAUUCUUCUUUUUAAAAGAACCCACAAUUAAGCCAUAUCGAAGGCAAUUCAAAAAGAAAAUAGUAGGUUUCAGCUGUGAUUCUCCUGUCAUGCUUGUAAAAGAAUAAUGGUGCGACUGACCUAUGAGAAUACUGUUGAUGGCUAAUUUUGCGUGUAAAAGAAAGAUGUUUAUGCCCACAUGCAUUAUUAUCUGGAACUCAAGGCGUAAUUCUCUGCAGAUCCGGCUUUGUUUGAAACAGUUCUGUUAAAAGCGCUGCGGAAAACUAAUUGGGCAGGUGAGGAACACACAUUAGAUUUGUUAGUCCGCACUUCCCACUCAAAAUGAUUGCCACAAGACAAAUUACUGGAGUAUCUGGCAAAAUGGAUCCGCUCCAUCUGUGCCUCAAAGUUCUGUUUCGAGGAAAUUAACCAAAUAACUUUAGAAUCAGGGAGUCGGGGCUCCGUUCAGGGAUUGCCCCUUCCGGAGCCACCGUGCAAACCUUUCCCCUAGUAAAAUAAAGCCGAGGAGGGCCAAUGCACCCAACAGGACUCCUGGUCUAGUGUUAAAAUGACAAAUCCCUGGUGGUCUGCAAGCCCCGACUUUAUUUAUCUAUGUUAAACAUUCCUUGCAGAGAUUCUUCUUCAGAAAUCGGCGAUGACACCAGUUCAUGUUUUCCUGCUGUUCUGUCCUCUUCCCCCCCGGGGGUGGGUUUGAAUAUGAAUAACAGUGAUCACAUUGAGUUAGAUGAGCAAAUAUUUGCACUGCCUGAUGUCUUUGAGCUGUGAGUACUAACCG